UUAUAUUUUUUUAUAUUCAUAUAUUUUUUUUUUCAAAUUCUAAAGGACUUUCAACAGUACAUUUUGGACUUUAAGGUUUCAAAUAACGAAAUACACAAAAAACAACACCAAAAUUUUGCAAAUUGAUAUAAGUUUCCAUAUUAAGAAGUCAAAAUGAAUAAGACUGAGGAGCUAGUGAAUAUGGCAAUAAAAUGCGAUAAUGCAGGUCGUCUGUUAGAAGCGCAUCUCUUAUACACAAAUAUUUUAGGAAAAUUAUUGCAAGAUUCGAAUUGUGAUGCGGUUUUAAAAGACAAGGAGAUGCAUCAAAGCUUUGCUCAACAUAUUCAAAGCUACGUACAACGUUCCGAGCAUAUAGAAAAGCAUUUGAAGGAAAUAAGUAGAUCUAGAAAUGUAGUUGACUACAUAUUUAUAGAAAAUGAUGACACAAACUGCGGAUACGAAACAAUUCUUGGUAAAUAUCUUAAAGGCGAUAAGAUAAAAGAACUUUUAUUGGAGGAAACACGUUUGGAAAGUGACAGUGACUUCGAAGAAGCACAUGACUUUUUUGAAUUCGUUUGUCGGCGUUGCAAAAAGUUAAAGUUCAUAAAACUGAUUACUCAAAAGAGCAAAACUAAUACGGAAAAGCAGUUUGAGCAAUUAGAACAGUUGAGAGAAGAAUUGUCGCGAAAAGAUAUUGAUAUGAUUAUAUCAUUCAAUGAUGUUGUCGGUGCUAAAAUUCUAGUGAACACUGGAUAUGUUAUUAGAAUAGAUCGUGGAUUACAUUUUUAUCAGCCCGCAAAUAAACAUUCUUCGUCAAAAAAAGCCCAUGGAUAUAGUAAUCGUAAAUGCAAUGCAACAUGCAUAGAAAUUGCUUUAGGAGCAACUUUCAUGGACAUUUACGAUUGAAGAAGAAAUAGAAAACAAUAAACUUAAAUGCAUAUAAAAUACUUACAAAACGAAACACCAUAAAAAGCGGUAAGAAAAUGCAUUUAAGUAUGUUAAGGUUCCAUCAACAACUGGAACCUCACCGCAUAUGUCAUGUCAUCAUUCUGACCCAAAAACCAGGAUAUUUGUGCAGACAGCACAAAUUUCAACAUUAGAGAAGAGAAUUUAAGAAUGAUUUUUAAAAUACGAAGAAUAUCUCAUGAAAAACUAAAAGAGAUAUUAUAAGUAAUUCUCAUAACAAUGCAUCCACAUUUACGAUGGAUACGUUAAAGUUCCAUCAACAAAUGGACCCUCACCACAUAUGUCAUGUCAUCAUCAUGACCCAACAACUAGGAUAUUUGUGUAGACACCAACAGCACAAAUUUCAACAUUAGAAAAGAGAAUUUAAGAAUGAUGUUGAAAAUACGAAGAAUAUCUCAUGAAAUACUAAAGGAGAUAUUAAAAGGUUCCAACAACAACAGGACCCUCACCGCAUAUGUCAUGUCAUCAUCAUGACCCAACAACUAGGAUAUUUGUGCAGACACCAACAAAUUUUAACAUGAGAAAAGGGAAUUUAAGAAUGAUGUUUACACUACGAAGAAUAUCUCAUGAAAUUCUAAAAGAGAUAUUAAAAGUAAUUCUCAUAACAAUGCAUCCACAUUUACCAUGGAUACGUUAAGGUUCUAUCAAUAACAGGAUUCUCACCGUAUAUGUCAUGUCAUCAUUCUGACCCAAAAACAAGGAUAAUUGUGCAGACACCAACCGCACAAAUUUUAACAUUAGAAAAGAGAAUUUAAGAAUGAUGUUUAAACUACGAAGAAUAUCUCAUGAAAUUCUAAAAGAGAUAUUAUAAGUAAUUCUCAUAACAAUGCAUCCACAUUUACGAUGGAUACGUUAAGGUUCCAACAACAACAGGACCCUCACCGCAUAUGUCAUGUCAUCAUCAUGACCCAACAACUAGGAUAUUUGUGCAGACACCAACAAAUUUUAACAUGAGAAAAGAGAAUUUAAGAAUGAUGUUUACACUACGAAGAAUAUCUCAUGAAAUUCUAAAAGAGAUAUUAUAAGUACAUUCAUAUAUUUAAAAACGAUGGAGUUAACAUCAGCGUGCAUGAAAACCGCAGACAUUAUUUUUUAAAAUGUACACAACCUAAUUUCAAAAACCAGCAGAAGGAUAUAUGGUUCAUACCAACUGCAACAGACCCCUAACGAGACUAGGAAUUGAUUUGUUUAUUAACGGAAUUCACCAACGUUGAAUAUUUAUGAGAGACACAUAACAAAAUGCAAAUCUAAACCUAAUAUACUUGCUGGUUUGUUAAAAAAGUGGUAUAAAAAGUUAUAAAAUAUACCUUGGAUAUUCUUAAAAUACAGCUAACAAAAUGAAAGUCUAUAUCUGGUGAUCACCUUAACUACAACCCUAAACAUUGUCAAAUCAGGCUUCUUUGUCAAAACUUACUUAUGGAACACAAGGGAUUGCUAAAAUUUAUUGUGAAACUGAUGGAAACAUCUGACAGCAAAUGAAACUUCAAAGAAGUUUUAAAGAUGAUUUAGUAACCUCAGUCCUUUGCAAAAGACUUCUAACAAAU